AUCGGGCGGUUUAACGAGCAUAUACGGUAUGUUAAAGAGGUACAGAGCUCAGUUUAUAGCAAAUAAUUUCGAAUAAAUACUUUUCAUAUCUCAAUAGUUGCUUGUUCGGGCCAAUUUCAGAGAGAAGUUUUGAGUAAACACCAUCAUGCUUUUAUACCGUAGCGUAACGCGACAGACGACACUGAUGUACAAUAGAUGUUUAGUUUGAGCUCUGCACGGACUUUGCUCGAGUAACUGGUACAUCAAGUUUGAUUGAAUCAUUCACAGCGUCUGCGGCGCCGGCCACGUUUCCGUUGCGGCCGCGUCUCUAAAUCUCGGAAUUGCCUUUGAUUGUUCAGUGAAGGGCGGGGUGCUCAGUUUUUGUUUUCCAUGGAAUAAGUUACGGUAAAUCUGCGUAGCAGGCUUUUUAUAAUAAUAUACGCCUGUGCAACGGUCUAUGUUGUCUUUCGUGCAUAGAUGAUUUUGCCGAGUAAUUUCGAAUAAUUCAACCAAUAUAUCAAGAAUCAUGUCUUAUGUCGCUGAAGAAAGAGGACGUCCAAACACGCUUGAUUAUAGAAUAUACUAUAAAAACAGCGAGGGGCAAUACAUCUCCCCUUUGCAUGACAUUCCAUGGCUGGUUUCGGAAAGACCACGAGUGUACAAUAUGGUCUGUGAGGUUCCAAGAUGGACGAACAGCAAGAUGGAAAUUGCAACAAAAGAGAGUCUAAAUCCAAUUAAACAAGAUGUGAAAAAGGGGAAACUCCGAUAUGUUGCUAAUUGCUUUCCACACAGAGGAUAUAUUUGGAAUUAUGGAGCAAUUCCACAGACUUGGGAAAACCCAGGACACAAAGACAAGAAUACAGGUCAGUGUGGUGACAAUGACCCAAUUGAUGUUUGUGAAAUUGGAUCAAAAAUCUGCAAGCGUGGUGAAGUUAUUCAAGUAAAGGUUGUUGGAGUUCUUGCCAUGAUUGAUGAAGGAGAAACUGACUGGAAAGUGAUAGGAAUCAACAUUAACGAUGAAGACGCUCCAAAAAUAAAUUCAAUUGGAGAUGUUGAGAAGAUGAAACCUGGAUACUUGGACGCCACUCGUGAAUGGUUUAAAAUUUACAAGAUACCAGAUGGAAAACCAGCGAACUGUUUUGCAUUUAAUGGAGAUUAUAAAGACCGUGAAUUCGCUGAAGAAACAAUAGCUGAAACUCAUAGUUUCUGGGUUGAAAGUCAUUCCGGAAAUUUGAAAUGUGAUUUUGCCAUGGAAAACAUUUGCUGCAGUGACAGCAACUUCAAAAUUGAUGGUGAAGCCACAACUAAAAUAUUAGAAGCUGCACCGGCACUUGGCGAAGCAGAAGAGGUUACUGAUGAAAAAGCUGAGAAGUGGUACUACACCAGUUUGCUUCAAGGUCAACUUUAAUUUGCCAAAGGAAUUUACCUUCUGCGUGGAACUGCUGCUACUAUCUAUGAUUAAGCAAUUUAUGGAAGUUGUAGAACAAUGCCAGGUGCACGCUAAAUAAUUCAAUAUCUACGCAAUGCACUUUUUACCUUUUGUUCAAUUCAUAAAAAACGAAGUCUUGUAAAUACAGAUAUUUCGCUUUGGUGAUUGUCAUAUUAUUUGUUAAAAUCGAAAGUUGAUCUUUAUAUUUUCGAUUUCUGUAUGUCGGAUUCUUGUAGACAAAUUGGAACAUGUGUUUCUGUUUUGAAUAAAAGUAAUUAAAGCAAUCCAA